AUGCUUCCCCCUGAUGUGAAAAUGGCCGCCAGGGUGAUCUGGGGGAGCCUCGGCCUGCUUCGCGUCUUGUGGUGUCUCCUUCCCCAGACUGGCUACAUACACCCAGAUGAGUUCUUCCAGUCACCUGAGGUCAUGGCAGAGGACAUCCUGGGUGUGCAGGCUUCACGGCCCUGGGAGUUUUACCCCAGCAGCUCCUGCCGUACUGUGGUCUUCCCACUGCUGACCUCUGGCUCUACCUUCUGGUUGCUCAGGUUCUGGGAAGAGCUGGGGCUCUGGCCUGGUCUGGUGAGUGGCUACGUGCUGCUGGUGGGGCCCCGACUCCUCCUCACUACCCUCUCCUUUGCCCUGGACUGGGCUGUGUACUACCUGGCCCCGCUGUGGGGGGCAGAUCGCUGGAAUGCUAUGUGCCUGCUGUCUGGGUCCUAUGUCACCCUGGUUUUCUACACGAGGACCUUCUCCAACACCAUCGAGGGACUGCUCUUCACAUGGCUGUUGGUGCUGGUGUCCCCUUAUGUGGCAUGGAAUCCCACAUCAGAGAAGCCUACUCCAGGCCCAUGGUGCCACAGCUGCCUUCUUGGUGCUGUCAUGGCUGCCGGCUUCUUCAACCGGCCCACCUUUCUAGCCUUUGCUCUGGUCCCCCUCUCUCUCUGGGGCAUCCACAGAACCUUGAAACCUAGCAUCAUGGCCUUGAUCCAGGAGGCCCUGGUGCUGUUACCGGGGGCUGCUCUUGCAGCAGUGUUGUUUAUAACCAUGGACAGCUGGUACUUCUCCAGCCUCUCCAGAUCCAGUAGCCUUGUUCUUACACCUCUCAACUUCUUGUACUACAACCUGGACCCCCAAAACCUCGCAAGGCAUGGCACACAUGCACGGCUCACUCACUUGGCAGUCAAUGGCUUCCUGCUCUUUGGGGUAUUGCAUGCUCAAGCCCUGCAGGCUGCAUGGCAACAACUCCAUAGCUCCUUCCAUGUGUUUGCGCAAACAGGCUUCUUGGGGAUGCUGGGUGCCCGUGGCCUACUGUCUAGCUCCAAGUCUCAUCUCCUUCUCCUCUACUUCACACCCCUGGUCCUGCUAUCCGCCUUUAGCCACCAAGAGCCUAGAUUUCUGAUUCCCCUCAUAGUCCCUCUAGUCCUGCUUUGUAGUCCACAAACCCAGCCUAUACCCUGGAAGGGCACCCUGGUCCUCUUCAAUGCUCUAGGUGCUCUCAUCUUUGGCUGCCUGCAUCAGGGAGGCUUAGUACCCGGCCUGAAGUAUCUGGAACACGUAGUCCACGCGCCCGUCCGCCCGGGCACGACCACACACUACAUGCUUCUCUUCGCUCACACCUACAUGCCUCCCCAGCACCUCCUCCACCUCUCAGGCCUGCCAUCGCCUGUGGAGGUGGUGGACAUGGGCGGGGCUGAGGACUGGCUCCUGUGCCAAGCCCUGAACAACUUCAGCAGACAACCAGCCUGCCGACUGGCUGGCGGGCCACAGCUCUGCCGCCUCUUUGUAGUAACUCCAGGGACCAACAGGCAUGCUCUGGAGAAGUGCGGUCUUCCUCUCAAGAAUGAGACCCUCCUGUUUCCCCACUUGACCCUGGAGGACCCUCCAGCCCUGUCCUCCCUUCUCAGCCAGGCUUGGAGGACCCACCUUAGUCUUCACAUUAUAGAGCUGGAGAAGCCUGUCAUGACAAAGCAGCCAUAG